UGGUUGUUAUUCGAUAUUGUAAAAAAAAAACCUAAAAAAGAAAUCAUAAAGAAAAAAGAGUAAAAGAAUUUCACUUUAAAAUUUUUUCAUUAUUUACAGUGUGAUUCAAAGAUUUUGUUGGAGAAUUAAGAAAUUCAAUUUUAGGGAUUAAAUUUUGCCUUCUUUUUUUUUUUUUUUGGAUUAAUAAGAAGAAAAGAAUUAUAACAAGAAAAGUUAUCAUAAAUAAAUAAAAAACGAAUACGUUAAAACUCGCACUGAAGAAAAAAAAAUUAAAUUUCAAUAAUUUUGUAUGUUUAACAUUCUUGUAUUGAGUUUGAUUUGUAUGAUGGCAUUCAAUUCGGCCAAUUCAGCUUACAGUUCAAGUCACAGAUAUGCUCCUCAAUAUGAUUAUGGAGGUGGUGCAUAUGCUGGAGCCGGCGCUGGUGCCGGUGCAUUCUCUGGUGUUGGGGGUUUUGAUCCAUUUACUUUUGUAUUCGGUAACCAAAAUGAGGAUGAAACAUUUUCUAAUACAUUUGCACAAUCAACUGAUGAUGCUUUUGCAAAAGCUGAAGCAUCUCUUUUACCGGAUGAUGAUCCUUUCCAACAAGUUUUUGCUAAUAAUUUAGCAGUUCAAGAUCAAAUAAGAAAUUCAAUAUUGGCACAAAAUGCUUAUUAUGCAAAUAGAGCAGGUAGUCGUCAUCGUAGACCAUCUGGUUAUGCAUCUUAUGCUGGUGGUGCUGUUUCAGUUGGACCAAAUGGUGUUCAUCAUGUUACAUUUGUUCAUCCAUCAAAUCCUAAUUCACCUAAUGUUGAUACAAGAGGACAUAGAGGAAAUGGUGGAUAUUUUGGUAUUAGUUCAUCAGCAUAUUCAACAAAUGUUAAUGGAAAACAUCAUGGUGGUUCACAAACACUUAUUAAUGAUAAUGGCAAAGUUACUGCACAUCGUACACACAAUACUUAAUAAUAUUAUUCCUGUAUACAUAAAAUACUUAAAUUUUUAUUCUUCUUGAAAACGAACAACACUCUGAGAUAUGGUUAUGGGAUAAUUCAAAUAUCCAGGAUAUUAUAUUACUGAAAAUGAAAGAAAAGACAAAAAAAAAACAAAAUUAAAAUGACUCUUACCAAGAUCUUGUAAAAUGAUUUAACAAACAAACAAACAAAAAAAAAGGAAAUUAAAAAUUUUUAAACAAUUUUCUGUUUCAUUGUGAUCUAUACAAAUUGUAUUUAAGCUGAAAAUAAAGAAAAAAAGUUAAUAAAAUUAACUAUAAACAAGCGAUUUAAAAAAAAAUU